AGAGAGUCUCACAAAGAGACAGGCAGGCAGAUGAUAGUUAGAGACAUAUAGGGAUAGAGGAAUACAUAGAUGAUAGAUACACAUAGGUAGAUUAUUAAAAGAUGAGAGAUGGCAGACAGAUGAGAGAUGGUAACAGACAUCAGAGGGGAAGACUUGGAUAGGAAAGGAGAGGAAGAAAUGGGAAUACAAAUGGGUAGAGAAAUAGAGUCAGGGGGUAAAGACAAAAUGAGAGAGCAAAAGGGAGUGAGGGAGACAUAGAGAAAUAAUAGAAAUUAUUAGUAUCCACCACACAGAAGGAUGCAGAAAGAAACAGUUGCUGCACACUACCCACUAUCAGUUCACAGUGAGAGGAACUUGGAGAAGGAUAGUCUUAGAGCUAACAACAACAAAAAAAAUUAUAAAAAGAAUAUAAAAGAGUAACAGGGAUCACUGGCCUUCUGACCACAACGGGCUGAGGUACAUACACCCUGGCACCCCAUCUCAUCGCAGCUGUGUUCUGACCCAGUCUCCAUGAUGGUGUAUCACAGCACCUCAGCCCAGACCACUCCCAGAAGUCACUUGAAGUCCCUCAGAAGACAGACCCCAGUAUUCCAGUCCUCAGCAGACCUUGACAGGGACAAAUAUGUGUUCACACACACACCCCACAGACAGACAGACAGACAGACAUCAGCCCAGCAAAGAGCAGGCAAUUCUGGCUGUAGUUCCAGGCUGCUUUGAAACACACGCCAGCAACACAGGCACACCCACAGACAUGCGUGUGUGUGCACUUUAUCUAUCUGCCAGUUGCUGAUACGUGCUCCUGUGGGACUCAUUUGUUCAGAGUCUAGAGAGAGGAAGGUGGGCUCUGGAGAGAUGAGGGGUAAGUGAGGAGGAAGAAGGUGUGGGGGCAGGGCAGAGAGACAGGGGGACAGUGUGGGUGACAGAAAGUGAUAAGACAAAUGGGGCGAGAUGGACACAGAAAUACAGACAAGACACAAGAGAAGCAGCUGAGGGAGAUGGGGAAGACAGACAAGGGGGGAAGGUAGAAAGGGAUAUACAGAUAGGACAAAUGAAAGGUAAAGUGAACUCAAUGCAAGGGAAAAGUGGAGCAAGAGAAAAUAGAGUGGAAGGGCUGGAAGAAAAGGGGGUGUGAAGAGCCAGUUUGAGGGGCUGUGAAGACAGGUCCUAUCUGGUGAGGGGGAUGGGGCAAUGUCGGGAAUCGAAGAGGGUGGAGUUACAGGACUGUCUGACCUCAGAGCCCCUGGGCAGGCUAGUCAGCUGACGUCAACCCUCCUCCACCCCCGCAUUUGCUGGUCUUCAAAUGGCCCCCCUCCAGCUAGCUCUAGACACACACAGACUGCAGAGCAAGCCGGAGAGGAGAGAAUCCAUCAGUAUCCACAGCCAUGAGACACGACAUGCCGAAGCCCUCAGAGGCAGCACGUCGCUGCUCCGGCCUGGCUCGGCGGGUGCUCACGAUUACAUUCGCACUGCUCAUCCUGGGCCUCAUGACCUGGGCCUACGCCGCCGGCGUCCCUCUCGCCUCGGAUCACUACGGCCUCCUGGCCUUCGGCCUCUACGGGGCCUUCCUCAGCGCGCAUUUGGUGGCGCAGAGCCUUUUCGCUUACCUGGAGCACCGGAGGGUGGCAGCGGCGGCGCGGCGCGCCUCAGCGAAGGGACUCCCGGACGAGGCCACCGCACGCAGCGUGGCGCUCACCAUCUCUGCCUACCAGGAGGACCCCGCGUACCUGCGCCAGUGCCUGACCUCGGCGCGGGCUCUGCUGUACCCGCGCGCGCGGCUGCGCGUCCUCAUGGUGGUGGACGGCAACCGCGAGGAGGAUCUGUACAUGGUGGACAUGUUCCGCGAAGUCUUCGCCGAUGAGGACCCCGCCACCUACGUGUGGGACGGCAACUAUCAUCAGCCCUGGGAACCGGCGGAGGGGGCGGGUGCAGUGGGUGCCGGUGCCUACCGCGAAGUGGAGGCGGAGGACCCCGGGCGGCUGGCGGUGGAGGCGUUGGUGAGGACGCGCAGGUGCGUGUGCGUGGCGCAGCGCUGGGGUGGCAAGCGCGAGGUCAUGUACACGGCCUUCAAGGCGCUGGGAGACUCCGUGGACUACGUGCAGGUCUGUGACUCAGACACAAGGCUAGACCCCAUGGCACUGCUGGAGCUUGUGCGAGUGCUGGAUGCAGAUCCCCGGGUAGGGGCUGUUGGGGGUGAUGUGCGGAUCCUUAACCCUCUGGAUUCCUGGGUCAGCUUCUUGAGCAGCCUGCGAUACUGGGUAGCCUUCAAUGUGGAGAGAGCUUGUCAGAGCUACUUCCACUGUGUGUCCUGCAUCAGUGGUCCUCUGGGCCUGUACAGGAACAAUCUCCUGCAGCAGUUCCUGGAAGCCUGGUACAACCAGAAGUUCCUGGGCACCCACUGCACUUUCGGGGAUGACAGGCACCUCACCAACCGCAUGCUCAGCAUGGGUUACGCUACCAAGUACACUUCGCGCUCCAGAUGCUACUCAGAGACGCCCUCCUCCUUCCUGCGCUGGCUAAGUCAACAGACCCGCUGGUCCAAGUCUUAUUUCCGCGAGUGGCUAUACAACGCCUUAUGGUGGCACCGCCACCAUGCGUGGAUGACCUAUGAAGCAGUGGUCUCCGGCCUCUUCCCUUUCUUCGUGGCGGCCACAGUGCUGCGGCUCUUCUAUGCUGGGCGUCCAUGGGCCCUGCUCUGGGUGCUGUUGUGCGUACAGGGCGUGGCGCUGGCUAAGGCGGCCUUUGCAGCCUGGCUGCGAGGCUGCCUGCGUAUGGUGCUGCUGUCGCUCUAUGCACCACUCUACAUGUGUGGCCUGCUGCCCGCCAAGUUCCUGGCAUUGGUCACCAUGAAUCAGAGUGGCUGGGGCACCUCAGGCAGGAAGAAGCUGGCUGCUAACUAUGUCCCCGUGCUACCCCUAGCACUCUGGGCUCUGUUACUGCUUGGAGGUCUGAUCCGCAGUGUGGCCCAGGAAGCUCAGGCCGACUGGAGUGGCCCAUCCCGGGCAGCCGAGGCCUACCACCUCGCUGCUGGAGCAGGUGCCUAUGUGGCCUACUGGGUGGUAAUGCUGACUCUCUAUUGGGUGGUUGUGCGGAGGCUCUGCAGGCGUCGCAGCGGUGGCUACCAUGUUCAGGUGUGAAUCUGCACAUGGACAUGCUCACAGAGGACUGUGGGGGAGGCAAGAGGAGUCCUGCAGGGUAGCUGCAGGAGCCAUGAAGUCCAUGGGGACUCCCUGGCCUCAGUUUCCCUUCUUGAAGUGAGAGUGUCAUCCAAGAUUCUUGGAAUGCAUUCUUGGAAUACAUUCAAUGAACUGUAUUGGACCUCAAGACUUCUGGGUCUCGGGGGAAGGGGUAAUUUAUUGAUUAGGGUGUGGGUUUGUAGGACCAGGACCAGAAGGUCCCUGCAUUCUUUCUGUUUGUAUUUAAUGUGUUUGUACUGUGAUUAAGAUAUAAUAAAUUUUUUAUUUAUUUUCUUCCAAGCACCUCUUCCCAUUUUUCUUGUCAUUGGGAAUUAGCGGGGCCCAAUAAGGGUUGAUGGAUGUUUGAACUUCUACAGGGUACUCUCCUUCCUGAGAACCUAGAUUCUGAUGUCAUACAAUUCAGGUAUUGGAGCUGGGGAGAUGGCUCCGCAGGUCUUCCAAAGGACCUGAGUUCAAUUUCCUGCACCCACAUGGUGGCUCACAACCUCUGUAACUUCAAUUCCAGGGGAUCUGACAGCUUUUUCUGGCCUCCGUGAGUGUAGUGCACACGCACACAUGCAGGCAAAGCCCCCAUCCAUCUUAAAUAAAAAUGAAAGAAAAUACAAGUAAUAGACAAAUGAUGUGAGGCACACCUGUAAUCCAUAUCACGUCAGAAGUUCAUGGUCAUUCACGAUUAGUUCUGUUCCCUGUGGCUGUGAGAAAAUACCCUGGUAAAAGCGUCAAGGAAGAAAGGGUUUAUUGGGCUAAUUCCAAGCCACUGUCCAUAAUUACAGGGAAGUCAAAGCAGCAGGAGCUUGAAGCAGCUACUCACAUCACAACCAGUCAAGAGCAAUGGAUUAAUGCACACAUGCUUUUUUUGCUCACUAUCUCCUUUUCAACCAGUCCAGGACCCAGCUCAUACAAGGAUGCUGCCUGCAUUUGGAGAGAGUCAUCCCACCUCAGUUAACCCGUUUAAAGUCACCCACAGUCAUAUCAAAAGGCCCCUCUAAUCCAGGUGAUUCUAUAUGUCAAGUGGACAAUCAAAACUAAACACCACGCUCUGCUACACCGGGACUUCAAUGCCACCCUUCAAAUGCUACAUGAAAUCUUGUCUCACAAACCUCCUAAGACUCUCUCAACUGCAAUUUCUUCCUAGACUACCAAGCCACUUCCUUUUCUGUGGAAAGCAACACUCCAUGAAAAAACUCCGAGUUUAGUUACUUGGUCAUCGUGCAGCCAUAGCCGUAAUCUCCAUCUCUCCCCGGGGGACUCCAUACUCACUGACGGCCACCCCUCAUCCCACUGCCCCUCACACACACACACACACACUCACACACACUCACACACACACACACUCAAGGCAGUCACUCAUCUUCUAAAUGUGAAGUUACCUGCUCUAGAGAGUCCUAUAAAUGGAAGCUGGCAGUCUGUGACCUUUUAUGGUUGAUUUAGCUUAAGACUUUCAAAGCUCACUCAAGCCAUUGAAUCUCUGAUUCAUUUCUUUUUAUUGUUAAGCAGAAUACCACGACAGGACACAAACAAUUUUUAUCCACCCUAUUAUCAGCAGACAGAUAUUUAGUUGUCUCCAACUUGGGACUAUGAUGUUCUUCAGCAGGUUUUUGUGUGGACCUAUGAUUCUAAUUCUUAAGUAUAUACUUAGGGAAAUAACUAUGAGGUCUUAUAGUUCUUUUUAACUAUUAUUUUUAAAUAUAUGAAUAAAUUAUUAUUAAAUAAUAAAUCAUUUAUUGAUAUUUUAAAAUAAUUAUUUUUCACUUAUUUUGAGACAGGCUCUCAUAGAACAAAGGUUAGUUUCAAACUUGGCGAGGAUGACCCUGAGCUUCAGCUCCUCCAGCCUUCAUCUCCCGGGUUCUGGAUUGAUAGACACAAACCAGCACGUUGUGCUCACAGAGUCCUGAGGAUGGGAGCAGGGGCUUUGAACAUACUAGGCGGUUACUCCAUUUACUCAGCCGCACCUGCAGCAUCAGCCAUUUCUUUUAAUUUUAUGUUAUCUUUGUGUGUGCGCUCAUGUGUGACUGUGUACAACAGGCGGCUGUCAAAGGGCAUGUCACCUGUGCAUCCAGUCCUUGCUUUCCAUCUUCUUUGAGGUAGGGUCUCUAAUUUUCCACUGCAUCUCCCAGCCUGGGUGGCACACAAACUUUCUGGGAUUCUCCUGGCUCCAUCUCUCAUCUUGUAUAGAAGAGCAGGGAUUACAGAGGCUCAGUAUCUUACGCCGCCAUUUUACAUGGGUUCUGUGGAUCCAACUGGGGUCCUCAUGACUCAGUGCAAGUCUUUUGCUCACCAAGACUGUUUUCCAGACCCAAAUUCUAGGAGGGAAUGGCAGACUUUUCCACAAAGACUACUCCAUUUUACCUCAUUGCUAGUAAAUGUGGUGAGGCUUUUGAUCUCCCCACCCCCUUGCCAAACUUAUUAUGUAACACUAAUUACAAGCUAUCUCUGUGGCUGUGGUUUGGUUUCUCUUUGUGGUUUUGAUUUCCAUUUUCCCAAAGGCUAAUGUGGACUCCCAUUGUUAAAAAAAAAACCCCAAGCUAAUCACAUGACCGGCAGGCACUCCUUCUUCACCUCUUCCCCAUUCUACAAAACUAUUCAAUUUACCUCAUUAAUGAUACCUCCAUUGCCAAAACCAUGAGCUUCCCAGUGAGGCAGCAGCUUCUGCCAUCAGUCUGUCUGUUUCUCGUCCCUCUGUGCCUUGUGAGGAAGUAUAUUGAUUUGUUUGUUUGUUUGUUCUUUUUGGUUUCUUUGUUUUCUUUUGUUUCUGUCUAUGAAACUCUGGCUGGCCUGGAACUCACUGUGUAGACCACUCACUGGCUUUGAGCUCAGAGAUCCAGCUGCCUCUACCUUAGCUUCCUAAGUGCUGGGAUUAAAGCCAUGUGCAUGACUGGCAUUUCUUCACUCGGCUGUCAGGAAAAAACAGGAGCCUCAGCAACCUCCCUCAGUCUGCUGUUCAUUUUUUCCUGGUUCUGAAGCUGGGGCACUGCUUACCUGCUACAGUGCUUCCAUUCUGAGCACGCAUGAAGCUGAGUUUGACCCAGCACUGGGAAAAUGAGAAUGUUAGUGCACACCCAUGAUCCUAGCACUUGGAAUCCCUGCCCAUGGAGGCGGUAGGCUCGGGAGUUCAAGGUUCUCUUUGUUCAGUCUAGCCAAGGAAACACAAGCUCCAGAUUCAGGGAGAAACUCGGUCUCAAAGGAAUAGAUGGAGAGUGGCAGAGGACUUCUGAGACACACACAGUACCUCCCUCCCUCCAAAAAAUACUCAUACUCUCACUCAAUAUAAACAAGCAAAUGUUUCGAAACUUUGCUUUGGGUUCCUUUUCAUGUAGCCAUUAGAGAACCAUGUUUUCUCAUCUGUGUCUACACAUGGCCCCACUAAACUCAGCACUGUGGCUCGAAGUGCCCUAAUUACACUCUCCACCCAGAGGCAGAAUUCCUAAAUAUUGUUUAAAUCCCAGACUAGUAUACCAAAUAGCCUGCAAGAUGUUUUCACUUAAUAGUUAGCCCACUUCUUACCCCCAAUUCCAAACUUUCCUCCUUUUAAUCCAUCUCCCUGUCUCAGCAAACACAAAGGCAUCAUCUCAGUUCCCUGGGCCACAGAUUCAAAAGCCAUGUUGAUCAGAGUAACCACUACAGCUUUUCCCUCGAUCACUGAUUCAGUCACAACCCCAUUUACCAUGUAAACUACCAAUUCAAAAGGAAAGAGAUGCAGAUAUGCUCACAUGGGGCACCUAGCCAACACGUUGAUCAAGAUGGGCACACCUUUAUUCCCAGCACUCAGGAGGCAGAGGCAAGAGGACCUCUGUGAGCUCAAGGCCAGCCUGGUCUACAGCACAAGUUCUGGGACAGGCCUCACAGCUAAAAAGAAACCCUGUCUUAAAAAACAAACAAACAAAAAUUUAAAAAGACUACCUAGAAGAGUUAGGCAUGGUGGUAUACACUUAUAAUUGAAGCACUUGUGAAACAGAGAUAAGACCCCAAGAUCCAGGCCAGUCUAGCUUAGACAGGGGGAUCCUGUCUCCAAACAAACAAACAAAAAAGUUAAGACUAUCUAGAUAAUGAGUGUGGUGUCAAACAGAUUCUCCCAGCAUUUGGGAGGCAAAAGAAAGAAAGUCCUGAGUCUCAGGACAGCUUUGGCUAUAAAUUGAGACUCUGUCAAGAAAAAAUGGUAAGUUGAGGAGGGUGUCUUGGCUGGUAAAGUGCUUGUUGCAUAGAGACCUCAGUCCUUGCCCUAUAACCUACACAGAAACUCAGGUGCAGUUGUGCAUGUCAGCAAUUCCAGGUCUGGGGUGGUAGAGAUAGGUGGGGAUACCUGGAGGCCAGGAAGUCUGGUUAUGUGGCUGAGCUCCAUGUUCAGUCAGAAACUCUGCCUCAAAAAUAUUAGCAGGGUUGAGAGUGAUUGAAGAUGUCCAGCAUCAACCUCCGACUUCCCCACACAGGCACACACUACUGUAAGCAUAUACAUGCAGACAAAAAAAAAAAAUGCCAGUCAUGUGCCUCUGUGACUUCUGUUGGCCUGGAGCAAGGACUGCACUAAUUCUAGCUACCUCUAGCAGUCAAGGCAUUCACCAAGACUUACUCCUUUCAAGAACAGAGUGUAGGAAGCUGGUGCUUCAUCUCUGGACAGAGCAGAAUUAGGCCAGGUCCAUUACAGAGAUCGCUGCUGUCCUUUCCUUAAUGUCUUCUUGUCUCAUAGACCCUGCAUUCACAUCUGCCUGCAGAUGCUGUUGAGUUCACCUUCUGGGUAGAAUGGAGCUAUGGUUUACGUGAGAUAUGCUCCCAUGUAUGUGAACAUGUAAUCCCCAGUUGGUGCUGUCUGGGGAGGUUAGGAAUCUUCAGGUGGAACCUUGCUGGAGGAAGUCUAUCUCUAGGGUAAGGCUUUGAGUGGUUCUAGCCUCACUCUACCUUUUAUUUUCUUUUCACUGCCUAUGUGUGGAUGAAACUAUGACCAGCCAGCUUCAUGUUCCUGUCUUCAUGCCUUUCUCUGCCCACUGCUGAACUUUCCCCACCGUAACGGACCUGUCAGUAAGUCUGAAACUAUAAGCUAAAAUAGCCUUCUCCCUUAGGUUGCUUUUGGUCACGGUAUUUUAUCACAGAAAAAGAAACUUAACUCUUACAUUACUCCCCUUUGACCCAGAACUUUGGUUUUUACUUAAUUUCUGCAGCAUCUCAAAGUGCCACCUCCGAGACUUGAAUUUGAAAUACACAGGCUUGUUUGUUUCCCAGUAGAUCUCAACAUCUGGAAAGACUAUGGAGCCUUUUCUAAGGUGUGAGGCCCACCAGAAUCGGUCACUGGUGACAGGCUCUGAAGGUUUAUUAGCCAGGCCUCUGAAUCCUUUAACUCUUCACUUGCUGGCAGGCUACAAACCUGUAGUCACACACUCCUACUGCCUUGUAUGGAGCUCCUCAACCCUGCCAAAACCUAAGAUAUUCAAAACCAUGGACCAAAAUAAAGCAUCCCUUUCUUGUUUCUAUUGGGUACUGUGGUUACAGAAAUAGGGAAGUAACUGAUAUAGUACCUGUGCAGUGUAUGCCCUUCCAUGGCUCAGUGUGGUGAUCCAAAUGAGAAAUGUCCCCCAUUUGUUCACACAUGCUGGUUCCCUUAUUCUCCUGUUGUGCUGUUUGGGGGAGAAAAUGAAAUUAGGGCGUAGAGUCUUGCUGAAUGAUGCAUGUCGCUAUGGAUGGCCUUCCUGAACUUACAGCCUCACCGCUCUUCCAUGUGGCUCCCUUGGCUUCCUCUGUGCAUUUUGAGAUGUGUUCUCUCAGCUGCUUGCUGCCCUAUAUCCCUUGUCCUCAUGGCCUAUCCCUCUGGAACCAUAAGCUAAAAUGAACUCUUGCUUUUGUUCGCACUUUCUCAUAGCAAUAGACAAUUCACUAAUACAUUCAGAAACUGUUAGUGACUUAAGGCAGAGAAAAAUUGAAACCUUGCAAUGGGAAAUACUCUGCACAACCUGACCUGUCUUGCCCUUUCCUUCCUCGCUGAGUUCACAGUGUGUUCAUCCCAUAACACCUUGCUUCAGUCCCUCCUGCAUACCUGCAACUGCUGCACCAGGGCUCUCAAACAUGUACACAGCUCGCACUUUCCAUUCCUUCCUCAAAUGUCAGCUUCCCAGUCAGACUGUCUUCAGAGCCAACUGCCACUGUUCCUCACACAAUAUUCCAAAACUCUCCCUUAUUUUUCCCUCACAAAUAUUAUGUGUUUUAAUUUCUUGUUUACUGUUCAGGACGUAAGCAAUACAGGGGUUUGGGAAAUGACUCACUCAGUGCUUAGCGUGCAAACAGGAGGACCUGAGCACAGAAACCCCACCAACUAGGAAUACUGGCACAUGUAAUCCCAGCUCUGGGGAGGCAGAGCCAACAAUAUGCCUGAGAUGUACUGGCAGGCCUGUCUAGCCUAAUGCACAAGCUCCAAAUCCAGUGAAAGACUUUGUCUCCCAUUAUAAAAGUGGAUAUCAAUUGAGGAAGACACCGGAUACCAAUCACAGUCCUCUACAUGUACCAUGGACCCACACACAUGCACACAGAGCACAUUGAAAAAAAAUGAAUGACAGAAGGAAGGGUUGGUGGGAGUAAGGACACUAGUGAGACAGGGCAAGACUAGGUAAGCUAAGUUUAGAAAAUGAGAAGACUCAACCUUUGCUAUCAUCAUUGGAAAGCAAAAAAGUGCAGGAGAGUGCUUAAUCAGUAAUCAUGUUUAGGGCUAGGAGUAUAUAACUAGUUGGCAUAGAACAAACCUAACAGGCACAAAGCAUGUCAUUCUUCCACCAGCAUUGCAUAAAACUGGGACCAGUUGUGCACACUUAAUCUUACCAGCACUGGGGAAGUGGAUGCAGGAGGAUCAAAAGUUCAAGGUUGGGGCUGGAGAGAUGACUCAGCGGUUAAGAGCACUGACUGCUCUUCCCGAGGACCCGGGUUCAAAUCCCAGUGCCCACAUGGCAGCUCACAACUGUCUGAAAAUCCAGUUCCAGGGGAUCUGACACCUUCACACCAAUGCACAUAAAAUAAAGCUAAAUAAACCAUAAAAAAAUUUUUAAAAAAAGUUCAAGGUUAUGUGAGUUUUAGGUGGCCUGGUAGGAUAGCUCUGCAGUAUAGAGCACUGGCUGCUCUUCCUGAGGACCAGAGUUCAAUUCCCAGCACCCAUACGGCAGCAACUGUCUAAAACUCCUGUUCCAGGGGAUCCUAUACCCUUACAAAGACAUGUAUGCAGGCAAAACAUUAAUGUGCAUAAAAUGCAAAUAAAUAAUUAAUAAAAACUAGCUGUCUGGUAUGCCUACAUGGAACAUGGGGGCAGAGGUGGGAGGAGGGAAGACACAGAAUAGCACAGACUACAUAUGGAACAGGAACUAGUCAGAGAAAGUCAAUUGUGGGCUGGUGCCUGUGCAACGGACAGGAAGUCAUUCAAGAUGGAGGAAGAGCGGAAAAGGUCCAGACAUGGAACAGAACUCUCAAAGUUCAGGGGACCAAAGCUGAAGCCACCCGAGCUGAAAAGUAACAAGGAAGACAUGAGAGGGGAUACAAGCUAUACAAUAAAACAAGUUUCGGAUGGUUGUCACGGGCAUUUACUGAGCUGAUGAGAAGGUAGACAUGAGCAGGGGGCAGCAGCAAGAGAUGAGAGAAAAGGAGGUUAUGAGGAGAAAAGGAAGGAAAAAACACAUUACUGUAAAUAGAAAUCCUGGGGAGGCCGAGAAUCAUCAUGGACACCAUAGGGAGAAAAGAGAACUGCAGGGUAGGAUGAAAGCUCUCUUCCUUGCAUGGGAGACACAAUUAGGAAGACCAACAAGGGCCAGAAUGUGGGGACCUUUGGAAGUUUAACAAGGAAUUAGAUUUGAUUUCACUGACAACAGAAAGCCAUUGAUGAGUUUAGGGCAGAGAAGUAACCCACUGUGACACACUUAACUAGACUGGAAACUAGUAGGGAUCUGAGUCCAUCCUGAGAACCCGGAUGUAAAAAGCCUGCAGUUGUAAUUCUAGGGCUGGUGCGGUGGUGACAUGUUGACCCUUGGGGCCUGCUGGUCAGCUAUCCUGAUCAGGCAAGUCUUAACCAUUGAGAAACCCUGUCACCAAAACACAGUGGUUCGUGCCUGAGGAAUGACACUUGAGGUUGACCUCUGGCCUCCACAUGCACGUACAUGUACACAAAUGUGCCCCACCAUGCUCACACAUAGAAAGAAACCAGCCUUGGCAUGUAGCUGACCUGUCUAGAAUCCAAAGUAAGGGCUGGAGGUGUGGUCCAGUGCUAGAACGACAGGGGCUGGGGGGGGGGGUGACUUAGUGGUAGCACCCUAUCUAAAAUAUUCCAGUGACUGGCUGAGGUAUGGCUCAGUAGUAGAGCUUCAGUCUAGAAUCUUCUAGUAAGGGGUUAAGGGUGUAGCCCAGUGGUUUUUGCACUGAACUGCUAGAAGGCUAUAGGUGCUACUUCUGGAAGGGAGAAAGCCUGGGGGGGGGGAUACCAUAUAGUACUCUAAGGGUAUUUUCUAUAGGUAAAAAUGUCAAGGAAUCUGCUAGAGUACAGAAGGGUCUGAACUGGUGCUCAGAGACCUCAACAAAGAGCCUCCGAAACUGAUAGCCCAAGUCCUGUCACCAUGGGUCUA